AUGAAGAAAAAUGAUACCCUAACCUUCUCUAAACGCAAAAGCAAGGCACCCCCACAAACCCAAAUCAGUGCAAACAUUAUUUUCAUCUCUUUUAAAUUUUCGUUUCGUGUAUUCUCUCCUUUAUUUCUAAAAACAAAACCAAAAAAGUCUAAUAAAAAUCACGGAACAAGACCGAUCUACUUUGCUCACAUGCUUAAAAACCCAAAUAAAGCGACCAAAAACCAGAGAAACAAAAACAUUCGAACAAAACAUUUUUUCAGAAAUAACAUUAUGGGAUUUUGCUUCUCUAAAUCUCAAACCCAUGAGAUCCCAAUCUCUUCUUCUUCCGAUUCUAGCCCUCGUCAUCACUACCAACCUCUCCCCAAACCAACCGUUACUCAAGGCCAAACCAGUAACUUCACCUCCACUCCUCAGCCCAAACCCAAACCGGCUCCCCCUCCUUCUCAUCAUCCUUCCUCCUCCUCCGGUUCUCAAAUAGGUCCAAUCCUAAACCGACCAAUGAUCGAUCUCUCAGCUCUCUACGACCUCCACAAAGAACUCGGACGUGGCCAAUUCGGAAUCACCUACCGAUGCACUGACAAAUCCAACGGCAGAGAAUACGCUUGCAAAUCCAUCUCAAAACGUAAACUCAUACGUCGCAAAGACAUCGAAGAUGUGAGACGUGAGGUCAUGAUCUUGCAACACCUCACGGGUCAGCCAAACAUCGUCGAGUUUCGAGGCGCGUAUGAAGACAAAGAGAAUCUUCAUGUCGUCAUGGAGCUCUGUUCUGGAGGAGAGCUCUUUGAUCGUAUCAUCAAGAAAGGGAGUUACUCUGAGAAAGAAGCUGCUAAUAUCUUCAGACAGAUCGUUAACGUUGUUCAUGUUUGUCAUUUCAUGGGCGUUGCUCAUAGAGACCUAAAGCCUGAGAACUUCUUGCUUGUUAGUAACGAACAAGAUUCUCAGAUCAAGGCAACUGAUUUUGGACUCUCUGUUUUCAUCGAAGAAGGCAAAGUGUAUAGAGAUAUAGUUGGGAGUGCAUACUACGUUGCACCUGAAGUUCUACAUCGAAACUACGGGAAAGAGAUCGAUGUAUGGAGCGCCGGUGUCAUGCUGUACAUCCUUCUUAGUGGUGUUCCUCCAUUUUGGGGAGAGACCGAAAAGACUAUAUUUGCGGCGGUUUUGGAAGGGAAGCUGGAUCUUGAGACUUCUCCUUGGCCUACUAUAUCGGAAAGCGCGAAAGAUUUGAUUAGAAAAAUGUUGACAAUAGAUCCUAAAAAAAGGAUUACAGCAGCUGAAGCACUUGAGCAUCCAUGGAUGACAGACAGCAAAAUAUCAGAUAAACCUAUCGAUAGCGCUGUUCUUAUUAGGAUGAAGCAGUUCCGCGCGAUGAACAAGCUCAAGAAACUUGCCUUGAAGGUGAUAGCGGAAAACUUAUCAGAAGAAGAGAUAAAGGGAUUAAAGCAAAUGUUUAAGAACAUGGAUACAGAUAGUAGUGGAACCAUCACUUUUGAUGAACUAAGAAGCGGGUUACAUCGUCUUGGAUCUAAGCUUACGGAAUCUGAAAUCAAACAACUCAUGGAAGCUGCUGAUGUGGACAAAAGUGGGACGAUUGAUUACAUUGAGUUUAUAACAGCAACAAUGCAUCGCCAUAGAUUGGAGAAAGAAGAGAAUUUGAUAGAAGCAUUCAAAUUCUUCGACAAGGACAGAAGCGGAUUUAUCACAAGGGAUGAGCUUAAACAUUCCAUGACACAAUAUGGUAUGGGUGAUGAUGCGACCAUAGAUGAAGUUAUCGAUGAUGUUGAUACCGACAACGAUGGGAGGAUAAACUACGAGGAAUUUGUGGCGAUGAUGAGGAAAGGAACUACAGAUUCAGAUCCCAAGCUGCUCAGAUGAUAUACUCAACUACAAUGACGGAUGCUUUAAUUUGCUUCUACUAUAUAAAUAAAGUAAACACGUACGAUAAAUAAACCCGAAUGAGAUGCAAAUUAAUGCAUUCCUAUGCUUUCUUUCUUGGUAUGUUACAUAAAAUGAAUUAUAAGUACCUGCGUGAAUAUUAAAAAAAAAAACAAACAAAAUUCGUUUAAGAUGACUCGUUUUGUUUUGUA